GGGGGGGGUGUAGCAAGAUGGCGGGCGGGAAGUUGCGAGCCGUCGCCGUGUCCGUGGCGGCGCUGCUGCAGUAGCAGCAGCAACAGGAGGCGUCCGUGGCCCUGCUGGCGCUGGCCGUGUGAUGGUGCCCGAGGUUCGGGAGGGCGGCUCCCCUUGUCUAGCAUGACCACCACUCGCGGCGGCGUGAAAUUAAAGUUUCAGAAGGGGGAACGCGUGCUGUGCUUCGAGCCCGACCCGACCAAAGCGCGAGUUCUCUACGACGCCAAGGUGGUGGAUGUCGAUGUUGGGAAGGAUGACAAAGGGAGGAAGAUUCCUGAAUAUCUUAUCCAUUUCAACGGUUGGAAUCGAAGGACGUUGUGUGCAAGAAGCAACCGCAACCCAAGUCAUCUCCUGGUCACCUGCGACCUCGUUACCAGCAGCAGCUCGAGACCCAAACACCGUACACCGGUGGUGUUCUUCACUCAUUUUCAGGGGCUGGGAUCGAUGGGCAAAAGAGGAUCACGUGCUGAGAGAUACUGAAGAAAACCGACGUCUACAGCGUAACCUCGCCAAGAGAGCAGUGGCCAAGAUGAGAAAGAAGGGGAAAAAGAGACGCUGCCACGUCCCUGGUGUUGAUUCUGUGCUCAAAAAUGUGGCCACUGAUGCUGAAUUUCAAGAAGAAGAGGAAGCCUCAUUCAGCAGCAGCUCGGACGUGGAAGAGGAUGCAAGUGAGGAGGAAGAGGAGGACAGCAGUGACGAGGAUGAGAACAUUUUGGAUAUGAAUGCAGUGGGUAAUGAGGAAGACAAAAACAGGGAGGAAUCCAAAACGAAAUCAAUUGUCGUCGAGAUUCCCGAGUCACUGAAGAAGCAGCUGGAAGAGGACUGUUUUCUCAUCAACAAGCGUAAGAAGUUGGUGAAGCUGCCGUGUUUGCCGAACGUCAUCUCCAUCCUGGAGAACUACGUCAAGCACUUCGCCAUCAACGUGGCCUUCACGGGGAACGAGCGCCCACGGCACCCGGCGCAGCCAAGCCCCCUCACGCCGGCCUAUGUGCAGCGCUGCACCCCGCCCGAGAAGAAUGUGGAGCUGUGCAAGGAGAUGGUUGACGGGCUGAGGAUCACGUUUGAUUUCGCUCUGCCUGUGGUGCUGCUGUACGGAGUGGAGCAUGCACAAUUCAAGAAAAUCUCCUCGUCCAAAUUCUUCUCCGCGGCCAACCAACAUAAACGGGAUGACUCCUCAACAGCCAGACCGAAGGAAGAGGGGCAGCACUCGCCCCCUUUGCCAACGCAGCCGUCCCAGGAUUGUUCGACUCCAGGAGGGGGUGGCGGCGUACGCGUCAAGAUGGAGCCAGACUCGACGCCGUCGCUGCGGCGUUCCACGCGGCGUGCGCCCACCGGGGGGGAGCGCACACCGGAGGGGGGCAGUAGCCCCCAGGCCAAGCGCCGUCUCAUGGACUCGGCCCACAUGCCUCGUCUACUGCAGCAGCUGGACAAGAAGCUGACACCAGGUGCAGCAGGAGGCGUCCCCUUACCUGGGGUGAUCCACAAAGAGGGCCUGGUGCUUGAGGGCCGCAAGGGAGCAGAACUCAAUGAGAAAAUACCCAGCAGCUGUGGGAAUGAAACCGGCGACUCCACACAAGCUGGCUCAGUUGCGAGCACGCUGACCACUAGGCUUUCCAGCCGACUAAGUGUGCUCAACUGGAGGCUUUUGCCAGAAGAUCACCCGCGCUAUGACCAUCCGCCACCUCCGUCGUGCAUUUAUGGCUCCCAGCAUCUGCUACGCAUGUUUGUGAAGCUUCCGGAGCUGUUGGUGAAGAUGAAUCUACCAGAGAAGAAUCUCAAGGCCCUUUUAAAACAUCUUGAGCUCUUCCUCAGGUUUUUGGCAGAUUACCAAGAGGACUUUUUUCCAGAAUCGGCUUAUGUUCCAGCCUCGGAGGCUUACUACAGCAGCAAGCAUAUCGCCACUAUCUUCUGACGCUCCGUCCGAGGCAAACACGAGCCCGUUUGCCUUGUGUUGCCUUCUACCGUCAGCAGCCUCUUUUGAAAACUCCCAGUGCCAGCUUAACGCCUGAAAUGCCCUCCGCCAUUUUUUAUCGGUGUGCUCCUCAAGCAGCACAUUGUGACAUUCCACGUGAGCACCUCUUGACAUCACUCGGCAUCGCCGCCAACAUCCGGUGGAUACAAUUGUUAACUCACCACUUUGACCUCCCCCACUGGAUGCCCCUCAAAGCUACUGAUGGCACCUUUCAACUCCCUAAACGUUCGACUGCUCUUCUCCCGUCUGUUUCCAGCUGGUGUUGGCCAACACCGCAGCUUCUGCCAAUACCUGUGGAAGUAUUGCAGCAGGAGUGUCCUUGUUAAGGGGGACAUCGGAGGUGCAGGAGGCUUGAAUGGGUGACAAUUAUACCUCUUUGUACAUACUCGACAAACGAGCCAGAGCUGCGGUGGCAAAAGAAGGCACCGGUCAACAGCGUUAUCAAAACAAUGUGCUCCAUACACACCUUUACACAGGUUUGUAAUGUCACCUCGUUUCUGAUGGUGUUGAGUUGGAAUGCUGCCCUUGGUACAUUUUGCAUAUUCUGACCACAGCAGGAAGUGACAUUCCACAGUUGCCUUCCUUGCCCUUGGAAGGAGGGGUUCUACAGAAUCGGCAAAGUGUUUUGUGUUCUUUUUUGUAACAAUGGCCUUCAAACCUUCACUUCACGCUUGUGUGUCCUUACCACAUUGCAAGUGUACCGACAGAUUGACAUGGUUACAGAAGACAUUUAAAUACAUAUUCUGUGGAUGAAUAAUGAACAAAAAUGCACAAGACUAUGAAAAACAGAAUUGUCCAUCUGGAUGACCUCAACAUUAUUAUGCUGUUGGCUCUAUAUCAGCUAACAAUCCACCUGUAAAAUUUGUGAACAUAAUCGCAAUAUUAGUGUUAAGCUGACAUGGUCACCGAUUAACAAUCGCAACUCGAGCAUGUGAAUUGACCAAUGCUGUGAAAAAUGGUCUGAAAUGUAGCCCAUCUGUAACCUGGCACCUUGCAUCCCAUUUGUCUGCAAUUCCAGCAACAUUUAUUUUGGGGGUUUUUUGUUUCCCCAAAACACUCAUCUGUGCAGUCACGAAAGCUUUAAAUCCCUGCAGUCAUGAAAGCUUUAAAUCGAAACUCAUCUGUGUAACAUUAUUCUUCUCUAUUGCUGUGUUUCAUUGAGCCUGGUUACUUCGAUUUCCUUAACCUUUGUUUGAAAGGCAAGUUCGAGUACAUUACCGGCAAGAAUACUUCUGAACAUUACAGCCCCCUUGGAAUACUUAACAUGCAGCAACACCUGGCAAUGAUGAUCGGGAACGGUGAACGCCAUAACAAAUAGUAUGCCGAGGUUUUGAAAUGGCAUCAGGACCGAGAUAUUGUUUUGUAUAUUUAAAUUUGUUGUACUUUGAUUAGGUGCCAUACUUUUACGAGCAAUAACUACAAUGCAUUCGCCACCACUUUGUCCUUUCAAGUUAAUGUGUUCGCUUUUUUAAACGUUAGUUUGUAAACCAAUAUGCGAAAGCGCCCUGUAUGUUCUUGCCAUCACGGCUGGACAAUCGAAUCAUCAAUAUAACAUUUUAAAUAAAUGUGUUUUUACGGCCACUGAUGCAGAUAUAUUUAAGUGUUAAAGAUACAUUUUGUGCUUCAGUAAUAUUUGUACUUAAAUCCUAGUUUAACCAAAUUUGACAUACGGUUUAUUUCCUGAAAUUACCAACGGCAGGUCUAUAAAGUUCCUGAAUAUUUGUCCCUUCAUCAGGGACACUAGCUCAGAGGGAGUGAAAAUAUAAUCUUGUGCACCAACGGGUUAUCCCAUGAGUCACAGCACCACACUAGAUGAAAAUGUAAAUAGCUGAGCACGCAAGAGCAUAAUCCACCUGGUACUGUAAUUAUCACCUGCACAAGUUUCAGCAGAGCUCUAGGUCAGUGUUAUUGACACAUGCAAGCUUUUUGUUGUGCUUGUGCACCACUGCCAAUGCAAUAUCAGAAAAAACAUUGCUCUACGGUGUGGGUUGAUGCGAUGUUAUUCGGUUAUGGCGUCCUUAUGUCAAAUACUGAUGUUUAUUCAUCGCUACCAAUUAAGAUAUGCCAUAUUUCAGACUGCCUGUUUUCCCCCCAAAUUGCUUCGCAAUAGCAAAUGGAGACUUUCAGCCACACAUCCUGUAGUUUAUCAUUACUGCAUCCCAGAAGUCAUCGUCCACUCAUGCAACACAACCACUGUGAUGCUUGAAUCAUCAAAAUCUGCCCCACACUCCCAACACCUGUAUGUGGUGAGAUAAAAAAAAACGAGUUAUUCGAAUCAGGAAACAGAUUUUAAAGUAAUUAAUAAACGUCCAUAAUUAAAUUUGAACACGAUACUAAAUAAUGUAGAUAUGUUUAUUUGGACAGGAUAUGUUUGAUUUGCAUUAGGAUGGAAAUGCAACGAGCCAUCAAGGCAAACCACCGCGGACAUAAAAGGCUUAGUCUGCAAUUGAGUGGCUAAGGUUAGACAGCUGUUUUGGUGAUGCUUGCAACUGUGAUGUAAACAAUGUGAGUGAAGGUAAAUAUAAAACAUUUUAAAGUCC